AUGAAGAAUGUGGCAUACGCUGGGAUGGAGCUUGGGCAGAAGCCGGCUAAGGGACGUAACUCCGCUAAUAGCAAGCGCUGCGCAAGCAACCUCACCUUCUCAGGUGUUGGUAUGACACAGGUGCCGACAACUACGCCAACAACUGAGCUCAUCUACACAUCAAUGACCACCCUGGCACUGGCUCAACCUGCCACUGAUGACUCUUUUAAGGCUCCAUGUUAUAAGAAGAAGGACUUCCUCAUUCAUGCGUUUGAAGUAGCGGAUGGCGCUCACACCUUGGACGACAACCUUCACUUCCAGGGCCUUCCAGGUCAACUACCACUAGACUUACCUGAUGGAACCAUUGAGGAUGUCAUGUAUAUAAAAAAACCCUGUCAUUUAAAAUACAUUUUUCUUUUGGUCCAGAUCAUACAUCGUGAUAUUAAACCUGAAAACAUACUGGUCAGUAAAUCUGGAGUGGUCAAAUUGUGUGACUUUGGUUUUGCACGCACCUUGGCUCAGCCUGGAGAAACCUACACAGAUUAUGUGGCCACCCGCUGGUACAGAGCUCCAGAACUACUUGUUGGGGACACUAAGUAUGGAAGGGCUGUGGACAUAUGGGCAAUAGGAUGCUUACUGGCAGAAAUGCUGACUGGUGAGCCACUUUUCCCAGGGGAUUCUGACAUUGAUCAGCUGUACCAUAUUGUCAAGUGCUUUGGAAAUUUGACUCCCCGACAUAAAGAGGUAUUCUUACGUAAUCCUCUAUUUGUUGGCAUGAGACUACCAGAAGUUCGAGAAGUAACCCCUCUAGAAAAAAAGUUUAACAGGAUUUCCUCACUGUCAUUAGACCUGCUGAAGCAAUGUCUCUGUCGAGAUCCUGAUGACAGGCCAACUUGCUCUGACCUGUUGAAACAUGAAAUGUUUGUAAAAGAAGGCUUCUCCUCCAAAUUCAGCCAUGAUCUGAAGCAGAAGAUCCAUCGUGAAUAUCACGACAAUCCCCUGCUGAAAAACCAGAGCACAUGGGAGAGCACUAUCACAGAGAAUAUUGAUACUACUGGUCGAAAUACCAAGAAAAAGAAGAGAAAUGAAAAUCGGUCCGAGAAUAAAGAGCGAGAAACAAAAGCUAUAAAGGAGUCAAAAGAUAACAGUGAAGAGAAAGUGAAGAAGAGUGAGAAGAUUCAUAAGAAAGUUGUUUCACCAGAAACAAUCGAGAAAGAGUUACCUUCAUCACCAGCAGCAGCAGUGGCGGCAGCUGUUGUGACGACCAGCAAGACUACAUUGACCCAAGCACCUACACUCUCUCACAUCUCACUGGUAGAUGAUUGCACAGAGAAAAAGAAGGAGCAGGAAACAGAAGAAAGUGUUGGUAGUAGUCAAGUUCCACUCAGUACAAGUAUUCCACCAAUCAACCAGACCUUCCAGAAUGUCAACACAACACAGUCCAUCCCAUCUUUUGGCAGGAGCAGUGACAAGAUUGCAAAGAAACACCAAGGAAAUAUGACCAAAAAACAGCUGUCAAACCACCACAGUAUUACAAUCAGUCCACAGCCCCUACAAGCUGAAAAGAGCUGUAUGUAUGACAAGAACCUUACCUACCAUGAUCGCAGUAGCAAGAAUCGACUUGUGGAGAAGAAGGAGGAGAAAGGAGUCAGUCUGCCAGAGGUGAAAGGUGCUGAAGUGUUUCCAUCAAAAUACAGAGACAAGCAAGUGGUGAAAAAGUCCAACGUUGCCACUAUCCCUCACAUCACCAACUUGGAUCCUUUUCCUUCUACUAGCCAGGAUCCAAGAUCCAAGUGGGCUUCAACAUUGUUCGGAAUAUGCCGACUACUUCUUCCAACAAGCUGAAGGGAUGUAACAAUAGCUGUGACUAUAACCUCUUUACUUAUGCAGCCCAAUUAAGUUAUGACCAUUUUGGUCACCAAUGCCACUUAAACCUAUGCUUGGUGACCCAAACUGAUCUACUUCUUGUCACUUUGGCCACCGAAAAAUAAACAUAAUUUCUUUGAA